AGUCUCGUCAACGGUUCCUAGAGAAUGUAUACAGAUGGGGGAGAGAGAACAUACCAGGAGGUGAAGAAUUUGAUUAAUUGAGCGACAGUGAAAGCUGUAACGUUGUCGUAGCCGUAGGUUCCUCCAUGGAGCUGAUGCUGGAUCUCUCAGGCUUCAAUGGCGCUGAUAGCUUCAGCUAGAGAAAGAAUGAGAAGAAGAAUAAGAUGAUGAGUAAUGAUCCCUGAGGCGACCAAUUCGCUUUCUGUAUCUAUUCAAACUCUAUCCAAUGGCGUCUACGUAGUUAGUAGAACGUUCAAUCUUGGGCCAGGAGUAUUUGGUUUUCGCAAAACACUCCCAAAUUUGCAUUCAUUGCUUGGUUGUCGUCUCUAGAUCGGCUAUCAACUCUGGAUAGGAUUGUGAAAUGGUGUCUUGGUAGUGAUACAACUUGUCUUCUAUGCAAAUCUGCUCCUGAAUCGAGGAAUCACUUGUUCUUUGAGUGCGCUUACUCAUCUAAGAUUUGGGAAUUCACUGUCAAAGGUAUAUUAUGCAACUCCUUCACAAAUGUUUGGUCUGAGAUCAUGCUACUUAUUGCUGAUGAGACCAGGGAGAAGUUGAGUCUUUUCUGUAUCAGAUAUGCAUUCCAAGCUGUUCUGUAUGCUGUUUGGCGUGAACGUAACAAGCUCAAACAUGGUGACAAACUUCUGCCGUUACCAGUGCUUAAAAGAAUGAUAGACAAGGGCAUCAGGAACAAAAUCAGUCUGUUAAGAAUGAAAGGGGUUUAGGGCAUGGAGAAGCUGAUGCAGUUUUGGUUUCAAACUAGAUUGUAAAUAGCUUUUUCAUUUUGAAAGGUUGUGAGUAAGUUUGGUAUUGCUCCUAGAGUAUAAAGGAUGCACUUAGUUGUAUGAAGACUUUUUUAUGAAUAAAUUUAACAUUCAUUCAAAAAAAAAAAAACGUUCAAUCUUCUUUGUCUUCGUUUUGUUUUUUUUUUUUCUCUUUGACCAACUUUUCUGGUCCACGAGGAAGGAAUAAAACUUUAUAGUAGUAUAAGAAAGUUUGGUUUAUUCAUGUUAACGAAUACGGUAAAGAAACAAAUUAAGCAAUUAUCUUAUACUUUUUUAAGAAAUCUGGCGUGAAUUGAUAAACUGCCUAACGCAUAGUUUCAUCAGAAUGAGCACACACUACAACACAAACAACUUCAUAACCAACGACCUAUAAAACUUUCGUUUAUUCAUAUUUUAUGGUCUCAAACGAACGUGGCUUGUUAAGAACGUUUGUGUUCAUCAGGACAAAAGUCUACCAGCCGUGUAAACUUAACGGAAAGAACGUAUGUUACAUUCGCUUCUCAAUCCCCUGGGUUUAUUGUGAAAACACAAAAAGUUGGUUGAUGUGGUUAAAGAAGGCGAGUCUAUGACAAUCGUACUGAUGAAUUACGAUUUGUAUCUCAUGAGGGUCGUUCUCCUGGACAAUGAAGAUCCAACCAUAGAGUGUAAAGGUAAACUUAAAAAACAAAUUAAGAUAUCUAAAGUUUUCCACUGUGACGGUUUAUUGUUAUGCGUCUUGGAAGAUGAUGAUGCCAAAGUUGUCGUUUGGAAUCCGUAUUGGGGUCAAACAAGGUCGGUCGAAUCUAGAUAUUCUCACCGUCCACAUGGAUGGGACAGGUUUACUUACACUCUAGGAUACGAGGAUAACAGCUCUAGUCGUAGCUACAAAUUCUUGAGGUUUAUAGAAAAGUAUGACAACGCACCUAGAAACCAGUUUUCACUGUAUGAGAUUUACGAUUUCGAAUCUAGUUCAUGGAAAACUCUUGAUGUAACUCCACACUGGCGUAUACUACUUGGUCAGCACGGCGUGUCUCUCAAGGGAAACACUUACUGGCCUCCUUCAGAAAGGAACAUGGAAGAAGACGUGCUUGACCAUCACGUAAUCUGUUUGCAAGCGAGAGUUUUGGUCCUCUUCUGCGCCUCCCAUUUGACGCUGGAGAUAAUGACUACAUGACUUUAUCGUGUGUUAGAGAAGAGAAGCUUGCGGUUUUACUUACGCACAACGAAUCAGGUCCGAUGGAGUUUGAGAUAUGGAUUACUACUAAGAUUGAGGCCGAAAAGGUGUUGUGGAGCAAGUUUCUUAAGAGUGGUGGAAACGGAUCUUUAUCCUUUGAUUACUUGUGAGAGUUUCUUUAUUGACGAGGAGAAGAAAGUCGCCAUGGGUUUUGAACAAGACUACUCCAAAACUUUCAACAUUGUUGGAGAGACUGGAUACUUAAAAAAACUGAAACUCGUAGAAGGUUAAGGCAGAGACACAUAGACUGUAGGGUAAAUGUGUGCUCUUAGACCAUGCGCAGCGGCGAACCUCUCAUUGGGGUUCAAAAAAUUAAUUUUUUUUUGUUUGAUUUAAAAAAAAUUAAAUAAAGUGACCAAUAGCAGGCCGUCAUGUGGCGUGGGGCCCGCUGAACAGUCACGAUCCGGGUUCACGCGGGAAAGGCGGGACGAGCCGAGGUCUUCGGUUUUUUUUCGUAAAACGUGCGACCCCCCCUGUGAACCCCCGCUGCGCAUGCCCUUAUGUUCCAGGCCUAGUGCAAAUCAAGCAACCUGCUUCAGGAAGUAAAAAGGAAAGAAGAAAGCGACUUAGAAAGCCAACUAUAUGAUCAAAACUUGUCGAGACUUGUUUCACUUGGAGAUGCUUAGUUUUUCAUUUGUGUAAUUCAUAUUAGUCCAUUUACUCUUAGCUAUUCUGUUGUAGCGUGUCUUUCUUAAAGACUUUUUUGUGCUGGUUUUCUCUUUUUUUAUUUGAUAAUCUCUUGUAUAUUAUUUGAGGAACAUUUUUAAGUUGUGAUUUAAGUUUUAGUUCUCAAAACCCAUAUAUAAAAAUGGACCUACAUUACUAGAAAAAAUAACAGAAGUGCCAUCGUGGACCAUCAUUUAUAAAUUUCAUAUGUAACAUGCUAAUUAUUCAUAUGGCAAUCUGAAUCCGAUUUUCAUUUAAAUCGGCUUAUUAAUAACAUAAUAUAUCAUUAUAUAUGGUAAUUGUAUCAAAAAUAUAUAUAAUCAUUUAAAGUUAAAAUUAUUCACUCAUAUGAUAAUGAUUUGAAUGGAAAGAAAGGAAGAUUAAAUAUAUAAUUUCUAUUGAAUUAUUGAUUUAUAUUACCAUGUCUUUUGUUUAUCAAAUUUAUCAUACAAAUUUGUAUCGUAUUAAUACUGAAAAUAUGUAAAUAUAUGUACGGUAAAGCAUGGUUUAUUUAAAAUUGUUACCCGUUAUUUGAUUUUUUGGUCAGCACCCCUUAUUUGUUAUUAGGCUUGAUUUAUUAAACAUAAAUCUUUUUAUAUAUCAUGGUUCGUGAGUUUUAAAACUAAUUAGGGGUGGGCGUUCGAGUAUCCAUUCGGGUUCGGUUUGGAUCUAUUCGGGUUUUUGGAAUUAAAAUUUUCAGCCCAAGUAGUUAUAAAUAUUUGUUCGGUUCGGAUCUUUGCGGGUUCAGCUUGGAUUCGGAUAACUCGUUUAAAUUAUUUUAAAAUUCAUUAUAUACUUCAAAAUUCUCAAAAUAUAAAAAAAAAAUAAUAUAUUACAUAUAAAUUUGAAUCAAGUAUGCCAAAAUAACUAAUUUUAAUGUAUAAAUUGGUUUGGAUUGAAUAUGUUGGAUAGAGAAUCAAUAGAUAUUUCAAGUAUUUUUUGUAUUUUAGGUAUUGUUUAGUUAAUUUAGACAUUAACUUUUGACUAUUUGUAUAUGUUUUGAAGUAUUUUAGACAACUUCAAAAUAUCUUAUAUAUUUUUGGAUAUUUUAAAAACUUUUAAAUCUAAAAAUAACUAUUAUAUUUAUUUAUAUAAAGAGAAUUUAA